AUGUCACUGUUCGGUAGAGGAAAUGAUCAGCCUGAGGAAAUCGACCUUACUACAGCGGGGGUUGUAGGAAGUGAAAGCAUUGCUACCGAGGACGCAGUGCCGGAGGUUCCUGAUGAGAAUUCUAGAUACCUCAGGAUGCACGUGGCUGAGAUAUAUGACGCCUAUUCCAAUUUUAAAGAUAAGAUGACCCUCAAAUUCAAGGAAAGGGUUAUGCGAUUCAUGAGGCAUGAGUUGAGAAACAACGAUGUCAGGGGUUCAUCGGGACCCAGAGAUGUUGAAGGAGGUGCCGACAACAGGGCAUCUAACAUCACGUAUGAUUCUCUGAUAUUCAAAGUCACCGUGAUACUUGGAUUUGUACUACAAUUUCCGGUCAUGUGGGUAGCGGGGAGCGCCCUAUUUCUUGCAACCAGUAACUUCAAGGCAAGCACUGUGAAGUGGGGAUCACUAAACGUUGCCUUAUCGACGCUGUCUAUUAUGUAUAUGCUCCAACAGUGGCAAAUACGUUCCGCCAGAUUCUUGUACAACCCUAGUUUCGAAAAAUCGAUAAUUUUCGAAUCUUCUAGAGCAACUCCAGCGUGGGAAUCUUAUAUAAUCGAGGGUAAUAGACGUCUGCUAAUGAGAGAGUUCACAUCGAAGGACGGGUUGCUCUGGAAACCACCGCUGGAAUACUUGCCGCCAGGUGAUUAUGAAGCAGCACCUCUUGGUAAAGACGGCAUCUUGAUUGACCCUGAUAACAUUAAAGGAUACAGCAGUGUAUAUUGUGCUAACGGAGCCGAGAUUGGACUUAGCGGCUGGAUACAGUUUGGUGCCACCUUUACAAAUUCGGUGGCUACAAAAAGGGAUACUUUUCCCAUGCGAAUAGGUGUCCCUGGUAAAUUGCCUGUGACUUAUCGAGCGAACGAAACACCCAUCUUCGACGUUGGCAUGAGAUGUGUUGCUACCAACAAGAAAAUCGUAUGGAUCGGUAUUAAUGCGUCCCGCACUAAUAGUAAAUCAAUCCAGUCGGAUGCGUUCUAUAUUCACGGUCCUCAUAAUUGUUCGUUGGCAUACACCACCACCGGCUCACGUCCCGUGGUACAUAGCGUAUAUAUCAAGGCACUAUAG